GAGCAAAUUUCGCAUCGGCCAUCCGGAGGCGCUAACAGAGCCGAAAACCUCAGAUUUGUGUUCUCUCGCCAUCAUCAUCUUUGUUCGGAAGGAUCGAAGCCCUAACUCGCCGAUUUGAUCUCGCGCCGCAUCUAAUCCUUCUCUGCCGCCAACGAUUCUCCUCGCCGAAGCGCCGAUUCAGCGAUUCUCCUCAUCGCGCCUUGCGAUUCUCCCUCUCCCCAAUCCCCACUGAAGCCCUCCUCGCCGCACCUUCCCUCUCUCGCUGCGACGACUGCGGGAGAGCGCAUGGUACGACCGUGAAUUGGGGGUGGCUGUGAGCUCACGUCCAACACACAAAUCAGGCAAAUAGCGCCAAGGACAGAAGGACUUACAGCCGUAAGUUACUGCUGUGGACUGCAGUUGUUGCGAAACCCAUCUAUUUGGUUUUCACAACUGUCGCUGAUGACCGUUCCCUCCAUUGCCUGUUGACAGUCUAUACAUGGAAGAAGUGCACGUUAAGUUUGGAGAGGAAUUAUGCUUCACUGUUGGAGGUUAGCAUAUUCCUUUUGGUGCAUCACCACAGAAUAUCUGGACUGAACUUGGACCUCCUUGUAGAAUCUAUCAGAAGCAAAUAAUUCUACUGUUCAGAUAUCUUUUUCUUGUGUUUUGUUAUUUUGAACUCCUUAGUACUACUUUAUAGGGACUAGUAUUUAGAAAGAUUUUAAUUCUUAACCACUCUGCUGAAUACAUUGUUUAAGUUUUGGUGGAAAGAUAAAAUUGGGGCAUAACUAAUAGUUUUGCCCAGGGCCUUUAAACAACCAGGACCGGCUCUGUCCGUGAGAGCACCGUCCUCUCCACUCUGAAGGUGCGGGAUCCCUCUUUGAAUCACUCUGCAGCAGAGGCCAAAGAAGAGGAGUGGGAUUAUUACAUACACAUGACAAAGAUAAUACAUUUGAAGGACAUAGUUCCUGCAGCAACUAACACUGUCAACGCGCAAUUUAUACUGCUGGAGAAAGGCGGCAUUGCUCGGGAUGGGAAAGAGAUGACUUGCCCGGCAUUAGUAGCUGACGAGACCGCAUCAGUUCACUUCCAAAUGUGGGGAAGUGAGUGCGAGACCUUUGAGCCCGGCGACAUCAUUCGCCUCGCUGAUGGAAUAUUCUCUUACCACAAGAACAAUCUGGUGCUCAGGGCUGGCAAGAGAGGCAAAGCUGAGAAGGUUGGUGAAUUCACCAUGUUGUUUGUGGAGACCCCGAACAUGAGCGAGAUCCGAUGGGCACGCGAUCCUAACAAUCUGAAGAAGUUUGUGCAGGAAGCCAUUGUCUCGCCACACUCGAGGAUCUUUGGACCCUCAAGAUAAUGCCCUCUGAGAUGUUCUCGCUCAAGAAUUCAGAUUGUAUAUUUUGUGUUGUCUUCCAAAGUAGUGGUAAGAAUGGUGGUGGGUUAGAGAACAAACCAGAAAUCUAUAGGCCUGAAAACAUUAUUUAACUUGCAGGGUGAAAAACGCCAAUUCUUGCUUGUAUUAUUGAAAGAACUACUAGACCAUCGGGAAAGAGUGUCAACUUCUCAUA